AUAGAUAAAUUGAAAGGUACUCAAUGACAAGCUUGUAAACAAACAUUAUUUGAAAUUUUAAUGUAGAAAUUGUAAAAAUGGAUUUAAAAGAUAUUUUAAAACAAAAAAUAAAACGACUAGAAGAUACUAAAGAAACGGAAAAAGAAACUGAUCAAAUCGAAAGCCAUUACUUCACAAAAUAUUUAGGGGAAUGGUGUAAAAAAGAUCCUGCAAUCGAAAAAGGAAUUCCCAAGUUUUAUAAUAAAAUUCCUAAAGAAAAUGAGCCGCUUCGAUCUAAAUUACGAGAAGAAAGUAGGUCAAAUUUACUGAAAAGAAAGAAUUUACAACUGUUGAGCAAUGAUGAAUUAAAAGAAUUAUGGGGACUUUUAGAUCAGAAUCAAAGUAACCCAGAAGAACAAUUAAUAAAUUAUACAGAUUUCCAGAAAGUGGCAAGUCUAGCUGGGCCUAAAGUGAAACCUUACUUAACAUCAAUGGUAUUUGGCAAAUUACAGCAGGGUGAUGUUCAAGGAAGAGUUUCUACAAUGUCUUUAUUUAACUAUGUUAUGAGAAAAGUAUGGUUAGACCAAACAAGAAUAGGAUUGUCUUUGUAUGAUGGUACCGGUCAAGGCUACCUCACAGAAUCAGAAUUGGAAAACUACAUAACAGAAUUAUUGCCAACCCUUCCGCAAUUAGAAGGAUUAGAGAAGUCCUUUCACAGUUUUUAUGUUUGUACAGCAGUUAGAAAAUUUUUAUUUUUUCUCGAUGUGCUUAGAGCUGGCAGAGUGCGAAUUUUAGAUAUUCUAGCUUGCUCGUUUCUUGAUGAUUUAUUAGAACUUCGAGAUGAAGAUUUAAGUAAAGAAUUGCAAGAGCAGAAUUGGUUUAGUGCUCCUUCAGCUUUUAGAGUAUAUGGACAUUAUUUGAAUUUAGACAGAGAUCAGAACGGCAUGUUGAGCAAAUCAGAAUUAUCUGGGUAUGGAUCAGGAACUCUUACUGAACCAUUUUUAGAUAGGGUAUUUCAGACUUGUCUAACAUAUGCGGGCGAAAUGGAUUAUAAAACGUAUUUAGAUUUGGUGCUUGCCUUAGAAAAUAGAAGCGAACCGCAGGCACUGGCAUAUUUGUUUAGGAUAUUAGAUAUUAAGAACUGUGGAUAUCUCGAUGCCUUUACUUUGAAUUACUUUUUCAGAGCUAUACAAGAUCAGAUGAAGGCCCAUGGAGCAAUUCCUGUAUCUUUUCAAUACGUCAAAGAUGAAUUGUUCGAUAUGGUUCGGCCGAAAGAUCCUGAGAAAAUAACUUUAUCAGAUCUCUUGGCGUGUGGACAAGGGGAAACUUUCGUUAGUAUUAUAAUAGAAUUUCACGGAUUUUGGGCUUAUGAAAAUCGAGAAGCAGUUUCGUCUGAACCGUCACAGGAUUAACAUGUUUCUGGAAUAUUUUAUUUUAGGUUAUGGUUUCGUUUUACCUAUUAAAAAUAAUAAAAAAAUAAUUUUCUAAAAAA